CUUUAACUGUCCCAGUGUACUGCAGCCUGCCUGACAGGGAGGCAGAGUCUUCACACUGGGACCUGUUAGCACGGAGCAAGCCAAGGCCGGGCUAACGGUGGACAUGGACCUGUUGGCGAUGGCAUGGCAGUGCUAGUGCGCAGAGGGCUACCGUUCCCAUCCUGGUGACUACUGGAACUGGCAGUGGCUGUGACGGCGUGGAAUCACCAUGGCGACAGGCCGGGUGAAGAAAUGGAAUCGCGAAGAAUUGUUGGCAGACGAGCUGAUGGCUGCCACCAUGGGUGACGUAGAUUGGCUGCGGCUCAGUCUAAAAACAGCGAAAGGCAAAGUUGCAGUGGAUCAGAAUGGUUACAACGUGGUCCAUUUGGCCGCCCUGAAUGGGAGGCUGGAGUGUCUGAAGAUGCUGGUGGAAGAUUACCAGAUGGAUGUGAACUUUGCCAAUCCGAAUGGCUGGAGCCCGAUCCAUCUGAUCCUGAACAAAGAAUGCCGGUUCCGAGCAUUGAAAUGCCUGCAGUAUCUGCUCCAGAUUGGAGCAGAUCCAAAUGUUCAGACACACCAAGGGUUGACGCCGCUCCACCAGGCAGCUGAAAUCGGUUUGCUUGAUUGUGUCAUGGCUUUGGUCCGGGCAGGAGCCAAAGUAAAGGCCAAAGAUUCCAGGGGGCACAGACCAAUUGACUUGGCCAAGAUCUACGGUCACCAUCGAUGUGCAAGGUAUUUGGCUAACGUCAUGUGGGAGGUGAGCCAGGCCGAGAAUUUCAAGCAAACGAGGAAGUUACAGAAGCUGAAGCUUGUCUUACUGGACGAUGAGAAAUAUCAGGCUGAAAUCCACCAGGCAGAGAUGGAAUCCAUUGUCAACAAAUCCUACCGACUGUGGUUAGACAAGAAGCAACUGUCCCACCUUCUGAGGCUAUCGAGUAGUUUUGUCAAGCCACGGGCAACGACAGCUGAUCACGUGGCCAGUCAGCUGAGGGAGUCGGUGAAGAUCGAAGGGAGGAGCAGCGAUUGGGAUAGUUACAAACUGGUACCCUUCACCAAACAGACUGGGCCUUGCCGACCCCAGGGGAAAACACAGUGGGAGAAGUCAGAGCCGAAAACCGGGACCUGCUCCACUCUCCGUCAGGGUGUCUGCUGGCCAAAGCCAAUUUGGAACCCCAGCACCAAUCCCUCUUCCCCUCCUACGGCCGAUACCUCCAGGCAGAUAGGGGGCGAUCAGCAAAUCAACCUGAACUUAAUGCUGCAGCAGCAUGAUUUUGGGAUCUUGUAUGAGUUAGCGCAGAACCAGCGGGGCCAGCUCGUGCUGAAGACCAAAGUUGGGGAUAAGACCUGGCCAUUACCCAGCCUGCCCCUCAACACCAUCAAGCGGGAACUGUUCGCCCAUCGUGGUGACCAGCGGAUAAGGAUUCCUGAUGAAUUCAUGGCAGUCGACGUCCUCAAACUUCCCAAGAAGCGGCACACAGGCAAAGAUAAGGCCGUGGUAGACAUGUACUUGCGUGAGUGGGUAAAGCAGGACACGUCCUGUCAGGUAUCUUCACCCUCCAGCCGCCAGUCCCAAAACAGGGGCCAGCCCAGCGCAGCUUUCACACCAUCAACACUUACUUCAAAGGGGCAGAAAAUGCUACCGCCUCAAACCCCCAGAAAUACACUGCGCUCACUUGAUCCAAUCAGAGCCCCAGUGCAGAGACAAGAGCUCUGUGAUACAGGGAGACACACCCAAUCCUGUACUAUCUCACCGGGGCUGACAUCAGAUAGAGCCAUGGUCCAUGGACAGUAUUGGCGCUCUGCAAUUAUGGAAACUCACUGACAUGUGUAACUUCCCAAGUCCCCAGCAGCCAUUUAACCCCCUACCCUAGCCACAUGCUCACUUCCCCCCCCCCACCCAAUCACACACUCUGCACCCAUUUGCUGCCCCUCCCACAGCCUCGUGCCCACUCUCCCCCAUCACACACUCCCCACCCAUUUACUCCCUCUCCCACAGCCCCAUCUCCACUCCCCAAAAUCACAGACACUACACCCAUUUACUCCUCCUCCCCCAGCCCGGUGUCCACUCUCUCCCCAUCACACACACUAAACCCAUUUGCGCCCCCUCCCACAGCCCUGUGUCUACUCCGCACCCUCCCCCCCAUCACACACUCUAUAGCAGCAGUCUGAGGGUCAGUGUCUCCAAGUGACCAUUGAGACGCACCCAUCUCUGUUCAGGCCUGAGAUUUGUCUGGAUGUGAAGCUGAAAGCAGUGGAGAGCUGCGUUGGGGAGUGAGUGCACACUGACGGUGGUAACUGUUUAAUUGCCAUCUUACACCCAAUCUGAGUUUGCAAACCGACAGGUCAUUCCCAGCAAGUCUUUGCAAUAAGAAUCUGUGCAGCUGCAGUCUGUGUCCUUUGUGGAAAAAGCAGCUGAUUAUAGCACACUGCAUACAGCACACAUCCUUAAAGAUGGCAUUUUUCCAGAAUUCCUUCAGAUCACGAUGGGAAAUGAUCAUGUGAGUGGACUCACGACUAGACACAGAGUCCAGGGAAUUCAAAUUCCAUAAAAUAAAUCUGGAACUCAGAGGAACAAAAGCUGUCUUCAGUGACCAUGAGAUGACAAGGUUGUAUUAAAAU